AUGGCGGUCGCUCUAACGCCGGCACAGAAACUGUUUGGAUGGUAUACUCGCAAGAACCCGAUCGACUUGUGGCUUGAGCUUCUCCGCCAGGCGGAAGCUUUUGAAGACUGGGAGGAAGCCGCUUUACACCUUGAUAACUUGUUAGGUCUAGACCUCUGGCGGAACAAUCCAACUUCGAAAUACUACGACUGGAGACUUAUUACCGAACGGCUCAACUCGCUCGCCAUAGCCAGAGAAGAAAAUGACUUUCAGCAGCUCGUCAACCUUCUGCGAUCCGGUCUCGUGCGAAAUCUCGGCAACCUGACCGUGCCAAAGCUCUAUAACCGCUCCUUCUCUGGGACGAAAUAUCUUAUUGAAGAGUACAUUACACAGGUUGCCGAAACAGUCGAAGACAUAAGCAGCCUACCUACCAAUGCGUCCGCGGGUGUGCAGUCCAUCGGAGGCUCGUUGACAAACCAAAUGAAGCUUGAUUUUAUCCACGAUACGCGGCAGGCCUUUGGGAGAAGCUCUCUAGUUUUGCAAGGUGGCGCCAUAUUUGGCAUGUGCCAUCUCGGUGUCGUGAAAGCAUUGUUUCUUCGUGGCCUACUGCCACGCAUAAUAACUGGGACUGGAACGGGGGCCUUGAUUGCUUCACUUGUCGCCAUACAUACGGAAGAAGAGCUGCCUGGUGUAUUGAAUGGGGAUGGUAUCGACUUGACUGCCUUUACUUCGCGAAGCAAACUACUCAAUACAGCCGCCGAAUCUCCACAGACAUUUGGAUCAAGAUGGAACACCCUCAUGCGACGUAUUCGCCGGUUUUCUCGGGAAGGCUACUUUCUCGACGUGUCGGUGCUUGAGGAUUGCGUCCAGGCCAAUGUCGGAGACUUGACGUUUGAGGAAGCCUAUAAUUACAGCAAGCGAAUUCUGAAUAUUACCGUCGCAACGGAAGGCCAGGGCGGCGUUCCCACGCUACUUAACUAUAUCACCGCUCCUAACGUGCUUAUCUGGACUGCUGCUGUUGCAUCCAAUGCCUCAUCUGCAGCUCUGUAUGGACGAAGAAAGGCGACAAUCCUCUGCAAGGACGCACGUGGUAACGUCGGACCUUGGGCUCCUGCGAAUACCACCGACUUUCACCAUUGGUCAGACAUGUCGUACUCGGAUCGCGACUCACCCCUACAACGCAUCUCUGAACUAUUCAACGUCAAUCAUUUUAUUGUUAGCCAAGCUCGGCCGUAUUUGAUUCCGUUUCUGCAAUCCGACAUGCACGGCCCAUCCCUCGUCGAAACCCGAAGCAAAACAACCCAGCUCUCCGCCUCAUUAGUGCGCAUGGUUGGUUUAGAACUUCGUCAUCGCCUUCGCCAGCUCGACACGCUCCGCUUGUUGCCUGGGAGCAUCAGACGCUUCCUCGUCGACGAACAGAUCCCCGCGGCGGCAAUGACGCUGGUGCCAGAGGUGACGGCCGGCGACUUUGUGCGGCUAUUGGAAACGCCGACGAGAGAGGCGCUUAAUUACUGGAUACUACGCGGCGAGAGGAGUGUCUGGCCGGCGGUGGCUGCUCUGCGUAUCCGCUGCGCCGUGGAGAAUGAGCUGGAUAGAUCCUACCAGGUCGUGCGGCAGCUGAAAGCAGGCGAUUUACGGAGGAAAGGAAGCAUAUCAGCCGCUGAAGUCGGCCGACCAUGUAACUAA